UUCGGGGAGGAGCUCCACUGGCAGCAAAACGAAGAGAAGUUAACUGCGCAAAAGUCUAGUGUGGUGACGGAUGUCCAAAGUUCAGAAGUUUUUCAAUGUGAGACACAGGGAUGGGGACAUCUUAAACACUGCUGAGGUCCCUCACAUUGCACUGUUUGUUAGACUUUUUCAUUGAGCAGUCCCGGGCUGUGAUUUGAGCACCUCGGCAUUCACAGGACUGAGAAGUGGCUUCUUCUUCUUCUUCUUGUGCGUAUUUUGGAGCUUUACUUUCAUCAAAGGGAAGACAUGCAGGCUCGCUACUCCGUCUCCAGUCCCAACUCACUGGGAGUCGUGCCUUAUAUCAGCGGCGACCCCAGCUACUACCGGGCGGCUGCCGGAGGGGGGUACACAGGGAUGCCAGCCCCUAUGAACAUGUAUUCUCAUGCGGCUCAUGACCAGUAUCCUGCCAGCAUGGCCCGCGCGUAUGGACCAUACACCCCCCAACCUCAGCCCAAGGAUAUGGUCAAACCUCCAUACAGUUACAUCGCCCUCAUUACCAUGGCUAUCCAAAACUCUCCUGACAAGAAGGUGACCCUGAAUGGGAUUUACCAGUUUAUUAUGGAAAGGUUUCCAUUUUACCGAGACAACAAGCAGGGCUGGCAGAAUAGUAUAAGACACAAUCUGUCUCUGAACGAGUGUUUUGUCAAAGUGCCCCGUGAUGAUAAAAAACCCGGUAAAGGCAGCUACUGGACCCUGGACCCGGACUCUUACAACAUGUUCGAAAACGGGAGCUUCUUAAGGAGGAGACGACGGUUCAAAAAGAAAGACGCGCUCAAAGAGAAAGAAGAGCGUCUGCAGAAGGACGUCCCGCAGAGGCAGCAGCAGGGCCGGGACCAGGAGCAACCGGUGCAGGGGUCCCAGCCUGUCAGGAUCCAGGAUAUUAAGACCGAGAACGGCACGGUGACGCCACCACAGGCCGACUCUCCUUCUUUGAACACCGUGCCCAAAAUUGAGAGUCCGGACAGCAGCAGCAUGUCCAGCGGGAGCCCCCACAGCAUCCCCUCCAGCCGCUCCAUCGGCAUGGACGCACCGGAGCACCACCAGCAGCACCACGGACAGGCCUCGACGCAGGGCUUCAGCGUGGACAAUAUUAUGACCUCCCUCCGGGGGUCUCCACAAGGGGCCACAGAGCUCCCAUCCAGCCACGUCGCCUCCACCAGGACAGGUAUAACACCGUCUUUGUCCUUAAACUAUUCUCCAAGUCAGACAUCUGUCUAUAGUUCCGCAUGUAACCAAAACUCCAUCUCCACUACCUCCAACGCAACCUAUCAUUGUAAUAUGCAAGCGAUGAGUUUGUACGCCGGGGACAGAUCUAGUCACUUGGCACCGAGUACCACCGUGGACGAAACACUGCCCGAUUACUCUGUCACGACCACCUCAUCCUCACUGAGCCACGGUAAUCUAAACUCUGGGCAGGACGGCCACCACCACCAGGGGAGGCUGACCUCAUGGUACCUCAACCAGGCCGGAGAUCUGGGCCAUCUUGGUGCAGCUUACCCUGCACAGCAGCAGAACUUCCAUUCAGUCCGAGAGAUGUUUGAAUCUCAAAGAAUUGGCUUGAAUAAUUCACCGGUGAAUGGGAAUAACAGCUGUCAGAUGUCAUUCCCACCCAGCCAGUCCAUCUAUCGAGCUUCGGGAGCUUUCGUAUAUGACUGCAGCAAGUUCUGACCAAAACAGUCUCAGUAUUUUUCCUGCACCGUGUUUGAACUCCUUUCAGUAAAAUUCAUCGUCUUCCCCCUUCCUAUCUGCCCACACCUUAUGGACUAAUAUGAGGCAGAAAAACACA